ACGCCUGAGCUUUCGCCUCCACAGUCUCGCAUAAAUCUAUGCAUCAAAUCUGCCCGAUCGUCCCAAAACGAGAGCAAACCAGUGGCAGUCGCAGCUCGGGAGGCAGCCCAGGUCGCGCCGUUCGGAAAAUCGAACGCAAUCGACGGGAAACACGGCCGCUGAACAUGUUUUUCUCGCCCGCGACCUGGUGAUCAGCUCAACUCGCGUCUGCUGUAGGGAAUAUGUAAGCGUGAAAAAUGUCGAAGGGUUGCUGCGGCGGCACGGAGCAAGCGUCGCUCGCUCGCUAGAAAACAUCAACGUUGAUGGAGUGAAACGCAGGAAUAUUGACCUCUGACCGAGGAGGCGCUUUGCACCUCCAGCACCACUGCUAUGGUCACCAUGAAUUCAGACAAGGUUACUGCCAAGCGCAAGCCGGAGGCGAGCAUUGGAUGCGCUAGCAACAGCAGCAUUGAUGAACCAGGCACACUUGCCAAUCAGCUCCAGCCACAGCUACAGACAAAUGCUUCUGAGGACUCACCAAAUCUUCUUUUGUACAAAAAGAUGGAGAAAAUUGUCGAGCAAAUGCAAGAUGAAACCAUCGGUGUUCCCGUGCGCACCGUCAAAAGUUUCAUGUCGAAGAUACCGUCCGUCUUCACCGGCUCCGACCUCAUCAUGUGGAUGCUCAAGAAUCUCGGUAUCGAAGAACAAACAGAAGCGUUGCAUCUCGCGCAUCUAAUGGCUGCGCACGGCUAUUUCUUCCCCAUCGACGACCACGUCCUCACGGUGAAGAACGACAACACGUUCUACCGCUUUCAGACGCCAUACUUCUGGCCGUCGAACUGCUGGGAGCCCGAGAACACCGACUACGCUGUCUAUCUUUGCAAGCGCACGAUGCAGAACAAAACGCGCUUAGAACUCGCCGAUUACGAGGCGGAGAAUCUCGCACGUUUACAGAAGAUGUUCUCGCGUAAGUGGGAGUUUAUCUUUAUGCAAGCGGAAGCGCAGAGUAAAGUCGACAAGAAACGCGAUAAACUCGAACGUAAAGUGCUCGAUAGUCAAGAGCGCGCCUUCUGGGACGUGCAUCGCCCGAUGCCCGGCUGCGUAAACACAACCGAGAUUGAUAUUAAGAAAGCGUGCCAAAUGAAUAAGCCACCGCUGCAGGCGAUCAAAACCAUGCAGAUCGGGCCGAAGGUAUCACCUUCCACGUCGGAUACCACAGAGAAAACCAAGGAAAACCUCAAGAAGCAGAUUGUGUUGACCAAAUCGCGCCUGGAGCGCCGCAAUAUCAAAGUGUCCAAAGUCGCUGAGGCGCUGCUCGCGUACUACGAGCAGUAUUUAGAGUACGAUUCGUUUUUCGUCGCGCCCGAGUUGCCAAAUCCAUGGGUUGCGGAUAGUAUUGAGAUGUGGGAGCAGGAGAAACUGGCGAAGGAUAUAUCCGCGCGGCGGGUUAAACGCUGGGCGUUUAGCUUACAGGAACUUCUGCAGGAUUCCAUUGGUCGUGAGCAUUUCGUUAAGUUUUUGGAUAAAGAGUUCAGCGGCGAGAAUCUCAAAUUUUGGGAAGCUGUCCAGGUGCUAAAAACCCUGCCACAGAGUCAAGUUCAAGACAAAGUGCAGGAAAUAUGGACAGAAUUUCUCGCAUCUGACGCCAGCUGCCCGAUAAACGUGGAUGCACGCUCCUAUGACGUCACCAAAAAGAAUAUGGAGACACCUGAUCGUUGGGCGUUUGAUACAGCAGCGUCACACGUUUAUCAUCUGAUGAAAGCCGACAGCUACUCGCGUUAUCUACGCUCCGAAAUGUACAAAGAAUUUCUAAACGGUUCCAAGAAAAAGGUGAGCACGUCGGUGAAAGGGAUACGCUCGAUAGUCUCGUUCUCCGCGCGCAAAGAAACAAUCACCUAGUUGUGUGUUGUGACGAGUCCGCGUCCUUCUCACCCGUUCUGUCACUGUCUCCUGGACGAUAUACAUACAAAAAGCCAAAAGCGCCCGUAACUCAGGCGACGUUCUUGCACAUUGCAUUCUCAUACGUUUUCACACUCUUGUUUUCCUUCUGACCAAAGCAAAGGAACACAAAACACAGCAGAAAAAAAAAAUUCAUAAACGCAGAGAAGCUGCAGCGAGUGUGUUUGUUAUUUAUUCUCAUCACGAUUAUCAUCAUCAGCGUGUGUUUGUUCACAUUCUGUUUAUGUGUGUAAAUAUUACUUACGUGUAAAGUACAAAUAUGUUCUGUGCCAUAUGAUUAUCUCUUAUUCAAAGUCACAUAAGUUUAAUUUCUCUUCAAUGGGGUUUGAUGCGCAUGCGUUUCAUUCUGAAACAAUAAUACACACAUACGGGUGACUGGAUUUCAUCCGGGAAUAUAUAAAUAUAAAUAUUUUUUGAACACUGCCAAUGUUGUAAAAAUCACAUCUUUGAUUGCAUGAUGCGUAUUGUUGAUUUCGGCGGUACGUUGAUUUCCUCCUUUUCUCAGUUUUUGCGAAUAACGAAGCGGUGCAACCGAUGAGAGAUAUUGUGAGCAAUAUUCAUUCUUGAUGUUAUCAGACUUAUUGUUAACGUAAUGUUCUAUGUACAAAUGCGUUGAUUGUUUUUACUUCGGCGAUUGGGGAACCGAUGGAACAUGCGUGUGGGGCAUGGAAGAUUUAAUCAAAGCAAAACAAAAUUCAUGUGUAGCUGUUAAGUUGAGUAAGGAAGUCACAUAAAAUCAUAACGAAUAAGCUUUAAAUGUAAUAGCGAGAUUAGUAAUAAUCAAAUUGAUUAAUCAUACGAACUUGCGGUUAGUUUUCACUAUCAAAACAAAAACAAACAAGAAAUUUAAUAAAUUUAUGAUGAUAUGCGCUGUUUAUGUUUCGAUAGCGAAUUCUAGCCGCAAGUGGCUACAACUAAGUGACACCAUCAAACGUACACAAAUCAAAACAACUUCUCAUGCCAAUUGUUCAUUUGUUUGUGUUUUGCCACCAAAGAAAAGUGUGCGAGUCUCAUGAAAUCUAGAAAUAGCCUUAGCGAAAAUAGACAAAAGCGCUCCAAGUGGAAUGCUGCACUAAUUGGCACCGCGACAAACCUUGACACUGUUUUCUUCAAGCUGAUGCAUUCGAAACAGCAGCUAAAAGUGCAACAUUUCCGGCCUGCGCGCGCAUUCUUAUCACAAUCAUUUAGUGUAUUGUACACCUUUGCAAAGGAAUGGAGUCAAGUCUGGAAUUGAUUGCGCUGGAACAAAUCAACUUGCCAUUCUUGCCCCGAUGACACGAGCCCAUGAUUAAUGUACAUAUUAUACAUAAUGAUCGUCAUGAUUAAAAUGCCAGAAUAAAAAUAAAGAUUUCCAAAAAGAUGAUGACAACCGAAA